UCACACCGACUCCCGCCACACAAAAGGCUCUUUUAAGGGCCAACACUUUUACUAAAGAGCUCUUUAGUUCAUUCACAUACAUACAUACGGGACAGUUCAUACGGGCAAAUGCAAUUCGAUAUUCCCACUAAACGCCAAGUGGGGAGUUCGUGACACAAAACCGGUGUAGAUUAAGCAGUUACGAUGCGUAAUCGGUCCGCGUCUGCUCAAAAAACACGAUACAUCCCUCGAUCCUUCCCUCACGCGAUAAUGUCAUUUUCUAUUUACUUUUCUGAUUACAACCUCUCAAACUCACCAAAGGCCCUAUUUGACCCACUGUAUUUAGAGAAUACAUGUACAUUGUGAUUUUUAUUUUUUUUUUUUAUAGCUUUACACAACACGAAUCAUAAAGCAUCUGUGUAUGACCCGCAUGUUAGGAGAAUGUGCGCGGGACACAAAGAGAUUAAAAUACAAUCUAUAACAACUAACAACAGUGACGAUAUUUUCUUGGUCUGAAAAGCCGCUGUGGAUUUGUGUUUAGACGCAGACACGUGAGAGGGGGGGAGACUCGUUUCCGUUUGGGGGCGGGGUCGAACUGUUUGAAUGCAGCGCGCGAGCAGCAUCCGCCAAUCCCCUUCACGCCCAGGCCCUUCAAAAAGCCGCUGCCUCUGUCCCGCGCACACAGUUCGUCUAAACUGAAGACUUUCUUGCAACCAAUAUGGCUAGAACCAAGCAGACUGCCCGUAAAUCCACCGGAGGAAAGGCUCCGAGGAAGCAGCUCGCCACCAAGGCUGCCCGUAAGAGCGCUCCAGCCACCGGCGGCGUCAAGAAGCCUCACCGCUAUAGGCCCGGCACCGUGGCUCUGAGGGAGAUCCGACGUUACCAAAAGUCCACUGAGCUGCUGAUCCGCAAACUGCCCUUCCAGCGCCUGGUCAGGGAGAUCGCCCAGGACUUCAAGACCGACCUGCGCUUCCAGAGCUCCGCGGUCAUGGCUCUGCAGGAGGCCAGCGAGGCCUACCUGGUGGGUCUGUUCGAGGACACCAACCUGUGCGCCAUCCACGCCAAGAGGGUCACCAUCAUGCCUAAGGACAUCCAGUUGGCCCGUCGCAUCCGCGGAGAGAGAGCUUAAACGUCAUGUGCCCUAAAACUACACAACGGCUCUUUUAAGAGCCACCUACACCAAACUAAGAGCUGAUUUUCACCACACAAAUGUCCAAGCACAGUGUAUCAAAGUGUACUCAAUACUGAAAUAAGCCUUAUGCUAAUUUGCUUUGAGAGCGCAUCAGAUUUAUAAUAUUAUAUAGUCUGUAAGGUGUAUAUAGUAAUGAUUUAUUUUAGUAUUUGUUUUGCUUACCUGUUUUUAUUUACCCGUGAUAAAGAAACCGCGAUGAAACUUGACUAGUAAAUGUGGCACUGCAGUUUAUAUUUAAUAUCUGGGUAAUAUCUGGUUGUCUGAUUUGCGCUGCUGUCUUGGCCAGGAACCC